CGUUUUCGUUGCCGUUAAGCUGGUUAAUAUUUAGUGAUCCGGAUUUUCGGUCGUUUGAUUCGGCACGGCACAAGCGCGGUGCCGAUCGCAGAAGGCGCUGUUGAACGCUUAUGAGGGGUUUGCUUCCUCUUCUGCAGCCCGCCCAGCUACUACGCACGUGUGGAGUGUUCCGGUGGCCACCACUAGCAGCAGUUGCCGCACUAGCCGUAGGACUAUCCGCGCGGAUGGCCAGCUCGGAGGAACGCACCUAUCCGACCACAUUGGAGGGUUUCGGGUAUGGUUUCAACGAUGCGGGAAAAUUGCGACAAAUCGACAAAGAAACGGGAAAGCUGACCGACCGCAUCUUCGACUAUCAAGUGUACACGUCGCUUUCGGAGAACCAGGCACACUACGAAGCGCUCGGCGAUGUUAUCACGGAGUACGUGUACGAUCGGCUAGAGACCAAUGUGGGUCUUAAGAAGCUCUACCUUCCGGCUGACGUACCUCCGGAAGAGGCGACGUUUAUCUUCAGCACCCAGGAGAAGCUGCAGCGGCCAAAGAAACUGCUUGUGUUGAUUCACGGAAGUGGUGUGGUGAGGGCCGGUCAGUGGGCUCGCAGUCUCAUCAUCAACGAUUGCCUCGAUUCCGGAACACAAAUUCCGUACAUCGACAAGGGACGCGAACUGGGCUACGAGGUGCUGGUGUUGAACACGAACGACAACUAUCGGACGGUGGGCGGUGACCGGAAGCCGAUCCGUAGUAGCCGCAAUCCCACCGAGCAUGCGGCCACAGUGCUCGAGCAGCACAUCUUGGCAAGCGAACCGGAAGCCGUUGCCAUCGUUGCCCACAGCUACGGUGGAGUGGUGACGGUUGAGCUGGCCCAACGCUAUCCGAAGUUUUUCCAGCAGAAAGUGUUUGGUGUCGGAUUUACCGAUAGUGUCCAUUCGGCCUCGCUGGUGCCGGAAGUGUUGAAAGGGAUCGCACGGAACUGGGUUACGGCGAAGGAUCCUCUCGAUACACCGCUGACAAUUACGAAGCGCGACAUACCGCGGCACUCGGCAGGCCAUAUCAAACACGAGAUGACGUCGUAUAGCUGCAUGGGUGCACUGUUUGACUUUCUGGAGGCUCGAUACGUGGAGUUUAGUCAACGGUCAUCGGAACCGCACCCUAAAAAGAGCAAGGGAGACGAAUUGUGAGAUAGGCAAUGCUGGCACGUUGGCUACCAGUGAAUAGUGAACCCUUUUUAUGGAUGUCUACGGUUGGGGCUUGUGUACAAAACGUGGAAAAUAAUUGUUUUCGCACCAAACGUAUUUUAGGGAUAACAGAGAACAGUGAAUGUCGCAAAAAGUCAAGUGACCGUGGCCGUGUAAUUUUGUUUUUAAUAAAAAAAAUGCUAUUCCUGUCAUUU